AUGUAUGAGAUGGCGCAUGAUCCGGCGUCCCCAACAGAGCAAUCCGAAGAUGUACAGAUUUUGCUGGAUCUCUUCAUCAUAUCUCUGCCUAGUUCUACCCCGAUUACUGUCAGUUCUGCAAAUGUGACUGAGAUUCCCCUCCCACCAGCGGCGUUCAACGCACUGAAAAUACCGCUACCUAAUCCUCUUGCUGAUGAGGUGCAUCAUUCCCUCGCUAACAUUCCGCAAAUUAUACUCCAACCUCUGAAGCCUGAUAUGCCUGAAGCAAAACCUUUUUCUGGUCCGUUGAAUUUUAGCUUCCGUAUAAGCUCUAAACUUUUUAACAGUGAUGCUACUAAAGAGCCAGGUAUUUACGAGAAUUCAAGAGAAGUGAAACCCGAAGAGUCUUGCUCAAUUCCGGAUCUGCAAGCCACAAUGAAGCGCUCAAAUCAGUUACAAAUUCCCGUUGGUGUUUGCCGUCCAAAAUCAAAGUACUCGUGA